AUGUUCUCUCGACUGGCCAUUAACCUCGCCAAGCCGGCGUUCAAGCCGGCGGCAGCCAUGGCGCCUCGAAUGGCCAUUCAACUCCGAUUUAUAUCCCAGGCUACCGCUGGAAGCACUGGCAGGAAGAUGCCUUCCAAGCCCACCAAGAGCACUGCUCCCGUUGAGUCGGUGCCUGCUACCUUCACCAUUCGAGAUGGCCCUGUCUUCAAUGGCACGGCUUUUGGUGCCAAUGCCAACAUCUCGGGUGAAGCUGUCUUCACCACCUCUCUGGUCGGUUACCCGGAGUCCAUGACUGACCCGUCGUACCGUGGCCAGAUUCUGGUUUUUACCCAGCCGCUCAUUGGCAACUACGGAGUGCCCUCCAACGAGCGAGACCAGUACAACCUUCUCAAGCAUUUCGAGUCCCCCCACAUUCAGUGUGCUGGCGUUGUCGUUUCUGACGUAGCUCUCAACUACAGCCAUUGGACUGCUGUCGAGAGUCUGGGCGAGUGGUGCGCCCGUGAGGGUGUCCCAGCCAUUUCUGGCGUCGAUACUCGUGAGAUUGUCACUUUCCUCCGAGAACAGGGAUCCUCGCUUGCUAGAAUUUCCAUUGGCGAAGAAUACGACGCCGACGAAGACGAGAGCUUCAUCGAUCCUGGCCAGAUCAACCUCGUCAAGCGUGUGAGCACGAAGGCCCCCUUUGUGGUCGAGUCUCCCGGUGCCUCGCUCCACAUUGCUCUUAUUGAUUGUGGUGUCAAGGAGAAUAUUCUCCGAAGCUUGGUCAGCCGUGGUGCCUCUGUUACCGUCUUCCCUUAUAAUUACCCUAUCCACAAGGUUGCCCAGCACUACGAUGGUGUCUUCAUCUCCAACGGUCCCGGCGACCCAACUCACUGCCAGGAGACUGUCUACAAUUUGUCCCGUUUGAUGGAGACUUCUUCCAUCCCCAUCAUGGGCAUCUGUCUUGGCCACCAGCUCCUGGCCCUUGCAGUUGGUGCUCGUACCAUCAAACUCAAGUAUGGCAACCGCGCCCAUAACAUUCCUGCCCUGGACUUGACUACUGGACAAUGCCAUAUUACCAGCCAGAACCACGGUUAUGCCAUUGAUGCCAGCACUCUGCCCAGCGACUUCAAGGAGUACUUUGUCAACCUCAACGACGGCAGCAACGAGGGUAUGUUGCACAAGACCCGACCCAUCUUUUCUACCCAGUUCCACCCGGAAGCCAAGGGUGGUCCAAUGGACAGCUCAUACCUCUUUGAAAAAUAUCUGGAUAACGUCCGUCUUGCAAAAAGCAAGGCACUGGAAUAUAGGGACAACCGCCCUAGCCAGUUUAUGCUGGAUGUGCUGAGCCGAGAACGUGUUGGUGUUGAGCCUGUGCCUCUUGCCAGUGCCGCGUAA